AUGGCCGAGUCCGCGGCUUCCUCAAGCCUCUGUCUCCAGGAGGCGAGUUACGUGCUGAAGACGUUUUUUCUUGGAGUGACCAGGGUUCCACUUCAUGAAAUGGCAGUCGCUGACUUCAACAGAAGUGGUGCCGGCGUCAACGGCAAGCAUGCGCAAGGCGUCAUCAAGAGGAUCUUCGGGCAAGAGGGCUUGUGUGUCUGGAGAUACAAUCGUGGGAUGUGUUUGGAGCCCCCUCCAACCGAUCCGCUCCGGUACGCUCGGCACACGAACAAGUUCGUUGCAAUGCAAAAGUCUUUGCUUGCGGAAGUCGAGCUGAAGCCGCUUCGUGGGUCGUUUUGCAAGAGCCACUUGUGGCAUGGCUUGUACACGGCCAAAGUGGGGGGACGCUGCUACCACGAUACAGGGUUGCCAAUCGUGCCCAACAUGGACGACCCGGAGGUGCAGCAGACAUGGGCCAAUGGCAUGUGGUUUGAGACGCUCCAGCACGAAGCGUGGAACAAACACCCGAAUGCCAUCAAAGCCUUGAUGCAUGGAGACAAUCUGGAUGCCGCCUUCGCUCUGGCAGAGACAGAAAUGGCGUUGAUCUCGGCAUACUUCGCUUCUUGCCGUGUGGCCGUGCCUCGCCCAGGCGAAAGCUUCUUCGAUGCGGUGUCCCGCGACGGACCCGUGUCAGGCCACCCGGACGAUGUCAAGGUUGCUUGCUUCAACUUUGCCAAGCUCCUGGGCGAAGAGCAAGUGGAGGUGCUCCAAAACACCUUCCAGACGUACGUCAACGCUUCUGAGCAGGUUCUGAGUGCGGGUACGCUGACGGCGCUGACAAGCUUGCCAGAGAUUGCAGUUUGGUGUCGCACAUCCCUGGCCGUGGCCAACAUGUGCUCUCCCUCCACUCGCAUGGUGAAGCACGGCACGAAGAUGGUUGGCCAGCAGGUUCCAGAUGGCCAAAUCCGGGCGUUUGCAAAGCUGGACCGUCAUGCUGUGCAGUGCGCGGAGGAGAAGCUUGCCAAGGUCGUCCGGGGGUACGCGCGCGACCACGUGGGAUCUGUGCCAUCUGAGACCUACUUGAAAGCUCAGGUUGUUUUCCUGUCCAAGGCGGCCGAAGCUCUGAGCAAGAUGACGGGCGUUUUGGACUCCGACGAGCGCACAGAAGACCUGGGCCAAAAGUUGGGGGUCGCCGAGGACAAGAUGAGACAGAUCUUGCAAGGCGCUACGGGGGCGUCGCUUCCAUCGCGAGCUUUUGUCCUGCCAGCGCCAACGGAGCCCAGUCCGAAGAGGCAGAAACUUUCAACGACAGCGGACUGCUUGCCACCACUUCUUGUCAAGGAGGGUCGCGUGCAGGAGGACAUCUUCACGCGUGCACGUGCCAAGGGCUUGGCCCCAGGCUGUCCUGUCAUCAUGGGCGGCAAGUCCGACUCGACGUCUGUGCAAGGUGAGCUCUUGAGCUUCGUGUCGGGGUCCGAGAACGCGCAGGUUCGUGACGCCGAUGGCACCGUGCAUUGUGUGAACUUGGAUGAUUUGACAGUGGACAAGAACGCAUUGCAGCAGAAGAAAACGAAAGAGCCUCGCGCGGUUGACCCACGCCAGCCAGGGCGCAAAUGGAGCCUCAUGACUGAGAGCCAAGCCAAGGGUGCCAUCAAGGACGCCGUGCGAGCGGCGUUGUUCUCCUUGAAUGCUGCAUGGAGCCCGGGCCAAGAUCAGUUGCGGGUACACGAGGAGACCGAAGGCGAGACCAUGUCCAUCAACUACGCUGCGAAAGCCGGUUCCCUGGUUUUCCUGCCUUUCACGAGCAUCGUGUCGGAAGACGGCAUCCGACCGCGAGUGCUGGAAAAGCAAGCGGAAAAUGCGGAGCAAGACUUACCUCUCCUCGUCGUGACUCAGAAGGGCACCAAGGCUGAGCCGCUGUCCUUGCGCCUCUACCCGGUGGACGGCUUCUACUGGAAAUUCGCCACAAAACCGCAGCACCAGAGCCAGGAUGCGCCGACGUUGGUGUUCAAGGAAGUGAAGACACAAACGACUGUCUCCUGCAGCGCCUCGCUCAUCUUCGACAAGAAGCCACUGAAGAAGAGCAGUAAGAUCACACUCGACUUGAGCUUCCAAGUUUUGACAAACGAACGGGACCUUCCCGCUUUCACAGUUCUAAAGGCCCCUGCAGCUGCGCAGCUUGAAAGUUGA